CCCAGAGCAGCGCAGUCCCGCUGCCCAGCAUCCCCCCCUGGCACGGCCCUGAGCCCCCAGCGCUCGGUGCACAGGUUGGAGUGUUCUGUGUUGCCCUGAGUGCAGGCAGCUCCUCGGGCUCCACCUGAGGAGUUCGGGUCUCUGCCCCUUCCGCAGCUGCUUCUGGGGCGACCCACAGAGACCCCCGCCUGCAGCCGCCCCUCUCCAAGAGGGGCCAGAAGACUGCAGAGCGAAACUUUUCUGCAGGACGUUCGGUCUGGGACCUGGAAGCUGGACGCCUUCUUGCCAUUUCCCAAAUGCCUUCCUCGCCCCCACCGCUGCCCCCCUCCUCCCACCCAGGGCUGGAGAUGGACGGUGGGCACACAGUUCUGCCCGGCGCCCGCGCCGCCGUGUGCCCCCCAGCUCCCACCGUGCCAAGCAGCUGCAGCCGUGCCUGUGUUGGAAAACACUGGGUGACCACGGGGCGAAGACCCCACGGCACCACGGCUCGUCCCAGUCAGGAGAACACAAAAGAAGGCGACACCCAACCACAGCCGUGCCAUCGCCCCGUCCCCAAGGCUGCUCGGGUCUGCGCCAAACCCUGCUUCCAGCAUGGAGCAGCGCCAGCUCCUCAGUGCCCUCCUCCUUGGCUUUAUCUUCCCAUCUCAGCGCUCAGCCCUUCCAUCCCUCCUCCCAUCUCAGAGCCAAGGCCUUCUGUUCCCUCGUCCUCAAAUAUCAGUUCCCAUCCCUUCUAUUCCUCCUCCCAUCUCACUUCCCAUCCCUUCUAUUCCUCCUCCCAUCUCAUUUCCCAUCCCUUCUAUUCCUCCUCCCAUCUCAUUUCCCAUCCCUUCUAUUCCUCCUCCCAUCUCAUUUCCCAUCCCUUCUAUUCCUCCCUCCCAUCUCACUUCCCAUCCCUUCCAUUCCUCCCCCCAUCUCAUUUCCCAUCCCUUCUAUUCCUUCUCCCAUCUCAGUUCCCAUCCCUUCUAUUCCUCCUCCCAUCUCAGUUCCCAUCCCUUCUGUUCCCUCGUCCUCAAAUAUCAGUGCCCAUCCCUUCUAUUCCUCCUCCCAUCUCACUUCCCAUCCCUUCUAUUCCUCCUCCUCCCAUCUCAUUUCCCAUCCCUUCUAUCCCUCUCCCUCCCAUCUCACUUCCCAUCCCUUCUAUUCCUCCUCCUCCCAUCUCACUUCCCAUCCCUUCUGUUCCUCCUCCCAUCUCAUUUCCAUCCCUUCUAUUCCUCCUCCUCCCAUCUCACUUCCCAUCCCUUCUAUUCCUCCUCCCAUCUCAUUUCCCAUCCCUUCUAUCCCUCUCCCUCCCAUCUCACUUCCCAUCCCUUCUAUUCCUCCUCCUCCCAUCUCAUUUCCCAUCCCUUCUAUUCUCACCCUCCCAUCUCAUUGCCCAUCCCUUCUAUUCCUCCUCCCAUCUCACUUCCCAUCCCUUCUAUUCCUCCUCCCAUCUCACUUCCCAUCCCUUCUAUUCCUCCUCCCAUCUCACUUCCCAUCCCUUCUAUUCCUCCUCCCAUCUCACUUCCCAUCCCUUCUAUUCUCACCCUCCCAUCUCAUUUCCCAUCCCUUCUAUUCCUCAUCCAUCUCAUUUCCCAUCCCUUCUAUUCUCACCCUCCCAUCUCAUUUCCCAUCCCUUCUAUUCUCACCUUCCCAUCUCCUUGCCCAUCCUUUCCUCCUCCUCCCAUCUCCUUGCCCACCCCCUCCAUGGCCGGAUGCACACAGAGCCCCACCAUCAUGGGCUCAGGGCUUUGGGCCCCACACCGCUCCCCACGAGCCGUGAGCGCAGAUCGGCCCCAGCGCCGCUCGCAUCCCCCCCUCAUUUCUGCUCCCCCCAGACAGAAUCUCACCAUUUCAGCUCCAGCAUCUGCUGCUACUUAACCUUUAUUUUGGGGUUUCUUUCUCUCAGCUGAAGCAAAGAGGGUUUUCCCCCCGUGUAGAUAGCUCUCUUCUGACUUUAGAUCUGAUGGCAUUGGCAUCUCCACCCCCGAGCAUCCCGGGCCCAGUGAGACGCUUCGCUUUGACAAGCCAUUCAGGAGGAGGCCGAGCGCGCGGCGCCCGCUGCCCUCACUGUGAUGCUCACGGCUUCUCGACCUUGGGUUACUUCUGUACAAAGGGAGACAACUUCACUUCUUGGGGGGGUUUCAUUUUUUGGGAUUUUUUUUUUGGUUUUUUUUGAGAUUUUUUUUUUCUGGCUUUGAAGGGAAUUUUUAAGGAAAAAAAAACACACACACACAAAAAAAAAGUUGUUGGUAUUUUUCCUUUGUCCAAACCAAAACCCAUCGAUCCUCAUUUCUUCAUAACCCCCCCCUCUGUAACUCUGUUAGGAGAAAAGGAACCAAAACCCGACGCACUUCGUGGCUGAUGGCCGUGGGCAGCCAAAGUCAAUGCACAUCAUUGCUGAUGGCCAUGGGCAACCAAAGCCAAUUUGCUUUGUUGCUGAUGGCCAUGGGCAGCUAAAUCCAAUGCACAUCAUUGCUGAUGGCCGUGGGCAGCCAAAGUCAAUGCACAUCAUUGCUGAUGGCCAUGGGCAGCCAAAGCCAUCGUGCUUUUGUUGGUGAUGGCCAUGGGCAGCCAAACUCAAUGUGCUUUGUGGCUGAUGGCCAUGGGCAACCAAAGCCGAUGCACAUCAUUGCUGAUGGCCAUGGGCAACCAAAGCCAUCGUGCUUUUGUUGGUGAUGGCCAUGGGCAGCCAAACUCAAUGUGCUUUGUGGUUGAUGCCCAUGGGCAGCCAAAGCCAAUGGACAUCAUUGCUGAUGGCCAUGGGCAACCAAAGCCAAUGGACAUCGUUGCUGAUGGCCAUGGGCAGCUAAAGUCAUCAUGCUUUGUUGCUGAUGGCCAUGGUCAACCAAAAGCCUUUAUGAUUUGUUGCUGAUGGCCAUGGGCAGCCAAAGCCAUCGUGCUUUGUUGCUGAUGGCCAUGGUCAACCAAACCCGUUGUGCUUUGUGGUUGAUGCCCAUGAGCAACCAAAGCCAAUGCACAUCACUGCUGAUGGCCAUGGGCAGCCAAAGUCAUCAUGCUUUGUGGUUGAUGGCCAUGGGCAGCCAAAGUCAUUAUGAUUUGUUGCUGAUGGCCAUGGGCAACCAAAGCCAUCGUGCUUUGUGGUUGAUGGCCAUGGGCAGCCAAACCCGUUGGUGCUUUGUGCCUGAUGGUCAUGGGCAGCCAAAGCCACCAUGUUUUGUGGUUGAUGGCCAUGGUCAACCAAAGCCAAUGGACAUCGUUGCUGAUGGCCUUGGGCAGCCAAAGCCAAUGGACAUCUUUGGUGAUGGCCAUGGGCAGCCAAAGUCAUCAUGCUUUGUGGUUGAUGCCCAUGGGCAACCAAACCAUUGUGCUUUGUGGCUGAUGGCCAUGGUCAACCAAACUCAAUGUGCUUUGUGGUUGAUGCCCAUGGUCAACCAAAGCCAAUGCACAUCAUUGCUGAUGGCCAUGGGCAGCCAAAGCCACCAUGCUUUGCUACCAGCGGCCCCCCAGCUCCGUCAGCAGCGCCGUGCGGCCCGGUUUUCUUCCUCCAGCCCCCCGUGCUCCCCCCAUUGCUGGCCUGCAUGUAGACAUGUGCGUGUAUCCCCACACGCGCGCGGCCCCCCGGGCACAGUGCACACUCACCAGGCCUCUGCAUGUGCAUCCAUCCACACGCCUGCACCUCGCACACGCGGAGCCGCAGGCCUCGUCCCCACCUCCGCGCUCGAAUCCCACCCGGAUGAACCUCACCUGUGGGUUUUAUUUUGUUGUCCUGUUUUUAAUUUUACAGGGUCAGUUUGACUUCACCCUUAAUUUUGUAUGGAUUUUCGGAGGAGAUUUCUCCUUCUCCAGAGUCAUGGAGGUGUGGCCAUUCACCUCCCGCCCUUGACGUUGUGAUACACAUCCCCCACAGAGAUCUAUGUUUCUUAUAUUAUAUUAUUAUUAUUAUUAUUAUGUAAUAAAUUUAUAAGAAAGCU